AUGGCUAGUACCCGUGAUUCCCAUUCAUUCGCUUGCGAUGAAUGCCGGCUUCGGAAAUCAAGAUGCUCAAAAGAGCGGCCGAUCUGCGUGCAAUGUCGGCAGCUGAACAAGGAAUGCAAGUACAGUCCGAAAGUUUCCAGGAGCCCUCUGACUCGCCAACACUUGACAUAUGUCGAAGACCGGCUGCAUGCAUUUGAAACUGCGUUGAGCAGGCUGUUUCCCGGAGGAGAUCUAGAUGCAACCCUCCGCUCUCUAUUGCAAAAUCAAGAUACCCCGAAAGCACCCUCAUCUGUAUCAUCCUCAAGGCACUCAACCCCAGCAAGACCCGAAGCUGAACGGGACGAACCAGCCCCAGAAGCGCUACCACUGCAAGCCGAUGGGUUUGACUGGGCAGAGAAAGAACUCACGCUUGGUGAUUUGACAGAUGGAAUGGCUGCACUAUCCAUCAAGCCCGAAGGAGCUGGCUAUUUUGGCGCCUCAUCUAGUGUCGUGCCACUUAGAGCCCUCUUUGACCACGGAUUUGAUUUGAACAUGCCCGUCCGCUCAGCGAGAUCUGGAGGCAUCCCGCUCAAAGCUCAGCUCUUAGAAAGUGCACCAUCUGGCCUCAUCGAACAAGCAUUCAUCGAUGCGUAUUUCCUCAAUUAUCACACCAGUUAUCCAUUCGUCCAUGAACCCACAUUCCGGGCCCAAUUUAACGAGCCAUCGUUACGCCCCCAUGGAAAUGCUUGGCAGAUCCUUCUCAAUACUAUUCUAGCACUUGGUGCAUGGAGUAUUGGCGACGACAGCUCUGAUCUUGAUGUCACCUUCUACCAGGAAGCAAGGGGAUUCCUACAGCAGGCAUCCGUGUUUGAGACGGGAAACCUGACUCUUGUUCAAGCGCUAUUGUUACUGAGUAACUAUGCACAGAAACGAAACAAGCCCAAUACUGGCUGGAACUACCUUGGUCUGGCCGUUCGAAUGGCCAUGAGUUUGGGACUUCACAAAGAGUUCCCUGGGUGGAAGAUCAGUUUGCUUCAGCGCGAGAUCCGCCGCAGAUUGUGGUGGGGUGUCUUUAUCUUCGAUAGCGGUGCCGCCAAGACCUUUGGAAGACCAAUAUUGCUCCCAGAGGAGUGUGUGAUGGAUGCGAAGCAGGUCAUGAAUAUCCAUGAUGAUGAAUUGACUCCAGCAACGACGUCACUACCCUGCGAAUCUACCGGCCCAACACUCUACUCCGGCUUGAUUGCGCAAGCCCGCUUUCAUCUUCAAACAAACAGUGUUUAUCAACGUUUGAUUUCUAGCCCCAGUGUUACCCCAGAAGAAACAUUGAACCUCCAGAAGCCCAUGGAAGAGUGGUACAACAACUUACCUGCCUACCACCAUUAUCCUUUACAACCUCUUGCUGUGCACCCAACUCAACCUGAUCCCGACAACCUCGCCCUCGUCCGCAACCGUCUAUUGUGGCGAAACUGGAAUCUUAUCAUCUUGAUCUACCGUCCGAUUGUGCUUCGUUGGGCAGCUCGACGCUGGGCACCGCAUGGUGGUAGCUCAGAUGGAUCAUCAACCAGUUCUGACGGAGGCACUGAAGAUCCCUGCGAGACGGAAUGUCGCGUGCGCUGCUUACAGAACGCGCGUCUGACUAUCGCUUCGAUUUCGGAGUACAUGGACAGCCACAUCUGCACAAGGAUAGGCGCUUGGUACAUGCUUUACUUCCUCUUCCAAGCUGGCCUUAUUCCCCUCGUCUUCCUUAUGACCGAUCCCUCUAACCCCGAAGCUCCAAUUUGGCUCCAGGAUAUCGAAACGACCAAAGCCCUCCUAACACACCCGUCAUUCGGCAACAACCGCUUCGCCUCACGAUGCUCCGAAGUCAUCGGCCGCCUCUUGGGACCGGCGAGCAUGAUGUCCAACCCACCCCCGAACACUCAACAACAUCCUUACCAGCAGCCAGCCCAGGGCUUCAUGCCAUUUCCUGAACAGCUUUUCAAUGAACAGGGCUUCCCGGGGAGCUUCUUCCAGCCAAACCAGAUCGUUCCCAGUCCGGGAGCAAUGGACUUUUCAGACUGGGUGCAUUUUCCGACGCAGGAACAAUAG